AUGGGAGAGUCUCUACCUAUCUUCAAUGAACUCAGGGAAUUCGAGACCCAGCUACAAGAAUACGUUGAUUCUGUCCAGAAGUUCGACCCCAAUCUACGGUGGAUCGCUAAUCUAUUGAAGACCGAUGGUAGGGUCGAGGACUUUGUCAAAGUCAUCAUCAAUCACCAGAACUUCGGUAACAGCUUGAACAAAUUACAGGUGGUCAACUCUGAUCUCAGCCAGCAACUGCUACAAAUAUUAGACGAGUUGAACCAGUGCCGCAGUCUAUUAUUGGAAUUACCAGACGAUUACGAGAUUGAUGAAGAUGACGAUGACGAAUUGGAAUUGGAAAAACCCCAGGUAAAGUCCACGGCCAUAUCACAAGAAAAGAAGCACGAAAUAUUCGGUGAUAAUCCAUUAACCACUGGGGAGCUUCUCAAAUACGCAGCCAAGCUUGCAAAAUUUACAACGAUCCCUGCAACGUCGGAUCUUAAUAUUGGUCCAAACAACUAUAUAUGGCCCGCUGAAGAUGCUCUUAGAAAAGGCAUGUUAGCAAUGGCCAUGAGAUAUCGUGAUGAGUUGAUAAAAUACAAGAGCGACGAGCCAGAAAAUAAUAAUGAUAAUAAUAAUGUUAGCAAUCCAGCAAACUCACAACAUCCUCCUGCUCCUGCUGCUGCUACCGAAUAUCAACCUUCGAUUGAAAGAAGUAAUUCCUUUGAUGCCUAUCGUCGUCCAUCUAUGCCAGAACCCGAUAAAGGCAGUACCCAAGAAGUUGGUCUUGAUUUGUUUGACUCUGACGAGGAUAGCGAUUAG